CCACGUGGCAAACCACAGGGACAAUUUUGUCCGUCAAUCCACUGACCCUUUACUUACCUUAAUGGCAUCAACUGAAAAGAAAAAAAGCGAUGGAAGCCAACUGAAGUGUCUGGUCUUGUGGAGGGAAAAAUAGGGACUCAAUUUCCAGCCCUAAAUUCUGUGUGAGAAAUCGAAGAAGACAAAGAAUGUUGAGACGCUCUCUUAAACUCAUACCUAGAUGCUCCUGCUGAUUAACAACAAUGGUGAAGACCUCAUGGACAAAUUGGAACCCAGCAAGAAGAUUUGUGGUCUGCACUUUAGGAGCUAAAAGAGGACGCAGAGAUAACACUUCAGAGUUUACCAACAUCGACACAGCAUCAGACUCCCUCAACAGCUCUGUCAUUUUCCACGUUGUCACCGACAUUCUCGCCUUCGUCCUCUAUAUGCACCAUCAAAUCCCUUCUGUUUUGCAGGAUAUUAGCCUCGAAUUUGGCGAAUUGCAGAAGGAGUACAAGGAUUUGGAAAUAGUACUAGCUUCGCAAGCUGAGAUGAAGGCAGCCUUAAGGAGAAAGCACAUUUCCAGAAAGUGAGAGGUGAAGCAGGGUAUCAGAAGACUGGAAAAACUAAUCAACUGUCUCUAAUUUCAAGACUGCUCUUUAGCUCUUGAUCCCUCAGAUUCCACAAGUUGAGUGGCUAAUUCUGGUUCUUGGACCUAGUCCCUUAAGGCCCAUACAUCUCUAUGAACUCUGUUUGUCAAGCGGAACAACUGUUUUCGCUGAUUUUGUCAGAACAAAAGUGGCUGACGGAAUCUGCAGAAAGGUUUUCCAUCCCUCUUUCCCUGUUAUCUUUGCGCCCUCUUUUAUAAUUUUCAGAGAUUGUAAGUAAACGGUCAGUGGAUUGAUGGACAAAAUUGCCCCUGUGAUUUGCCACGUGGAAUGUUAAUUUCAGAAACUAAGAGUCAUUACCGACGAAA